AUGGCUGAGACUGACGAGUGGUCGGCCAACGCCACCGAGUCGCUGAACAUCAGCCUGGUCGCACCUGCUGUCGGAGCCACCAAGACGAUUGCUUCCUUCAACCCCAAGUUUACCUACUCCAUCUUCGGCGACGAUGAGCGCAUCUUCGGAUAUAAGGACCUCAGGAUCGAUCUGCGCUAUCGCACCUUUGACAUGCGACCGAAUGUCAAGGUGUCGUAUGGCAAGAAGUUCCAGUCCGUUGGCGAGACCGAGGCUGCGGAUGUCGACGCUACACUGAAGCAGCACCUGCCAAUGGUUGCCUUCGAGUCUGCACGCGAAUUUAACACGGGUGCCCAGAGCCAACCUGAUGGUUGGACCCCUCCUGGCACGCUCCAUUCGAGCUUUGAGGGCCAGGACGGCACAUACGAGGUGUGGAAGGGCAGCCUCGCGGACCCCGCUGUUCGGCAGAUCGUCACUCGCGUCGAGGCUCUCGUUCCCAUGUUCAUUGAGGGAGGAUCAUACAUCUCCCGCGAGAUAGACAACGAAGAAGAUCCUUGGAAAGUCCCCGAGGACGCCAACCGCUGGACUGUCUUCUUCCUCUAUCGCAAACAGACGUCGGCAGAGGCGAACGACAAGCCCUCGUACACCUUCGUUGGCUAUGGGACUGUCUACCGCUUCUUCUGCUUCCGCCCGCUCACCCCGCCUUCGUCCGAGUGGGAUCUGCCAAAAGAGGAGUUCAACCUCUUGGAAGAGCUGCCCUGCCGCUCACGGCUUUCGCAGUUCUUGGUACUGCCGCCCUUCCAGGGCAAGGGCAUUGGUGCUCGCCUGUACAAGACCAUCUUCGAGCACUACUACAACAACCCGCAGACGUUGGAGCUGACCGUGGAAGAUCCCAACGAGGCCUUUGACGACAUGCGCGACCUGGCCGACUUGACCUUCCUGCGAUCUCUGCCGGAGUUUAGCAACGUCAAGAUCAACACCAGCAUUGCCCUUCCCAGCCCUCCCAGCGGCACCGUACCCAAGGAUCUGGUCGACCAGGAGCUUCUCAGAAACCUGCGCCAGAAGACAAAGAUCGUAGAGCGUCAGUUUAAGCGCCUGAUCGAGAUGCAGACCAUGUCUCAGCUACCCGCGUCUGUGAAGGUCGGAUUCGGCGAGGAACAGAAGGCCAAGCCGACAAAGGAGGAGAAGCACCACUACCGCCUGUGGCAGCUGUUUGUCAAGCAGCGCCUGUACCGCCAGAACGCCGACGUCCUCGGCCAGCUGGACCAGUCCGAGCGUUCGGAAAAGCUCAACGAGGCCCUGGGCAGCGUCGAGCUCGAGUACGCCAGACUCCUCGACUGGCACGCCCGAUGGGAGAAGCACGCCACUGGCGCAGAGAGCUCUAGCAGCAAGCGCAAGUCGGUCGACGAUGCCGAGGACCAGGGUGCGAGCAAGAAGGUCCGGGUUCAGGAUGCGUAA